CCAGUCAAUGAGAUCAAACAUCAUAGGUUGAUAUGAGCUGCUAAAUGUAUCGAGUUGAUGUCAUGACCACUUCAAUAUGACACCUUAAUUGAACUGUUGUGAGUGGAUGAGUCUCUCCAAAUGCCAGGAUCAGAUUGUGGUGUUGGAUACCAACUUGUCAAUCUUGAGGUAAAUCUGUGUCAUGAGAUUACAGUCCAUGAGAAGGUUGAUUUCCACGCACGGGAAGCUUCCUUGUUGUUUGCGCAGCCAAAGUAGAUUUGGAUUUGAAGCCUCGAACAAAGGAGUUGUUGUUCGCGAAGAUGGCGCUAUCAGAGUGUUAGAACUGCAAGAAAUCCUGCAGCUUUGCGCAAGGAAACAGUUAACCAGGGAGGGGAAGUGUUGUCAUGGUUUAGCUGUUCAAGCUGGUCUGCUUGCGGAUACUCUCACGUGUAACAUCUUGAUCAACUUCUACUCCAAAUGUGGUCGUGUCGACUUUGCUCGUCGCCUGUUCGAUGGAAUGCCUGAACGGAGCCUGGUCACAUGGAACACCAUGAUUGCCACGCAUACUCAACAUGGGGAAGACAUGGAGGCUCUGCAUCUUUUCUUGCAGAUGCGUCGAGAAGGGUCUUUGCUCAGUGAAUUCACGUUGUCAAGCGUGCUUUGUGCCUGUGCUGCCAGAUGUGCUGUCACGGAAAGCCAGCAGUUGCACGCUUUGGCCCUCAAAACUGCUGCUGAUUCCAAUGUGUUUGUUGGGACUGCAGUGCUCGACGUGUAUGCGAAGUGCAAGAUGAUUCGUGAUGCGCGGCUGGUGUUUGACGCGAUGCCAGAAAAAUCGUCGGUGUCAUGGAGUUCUAUGGUCGCAGGCUACGUGCAAAAUGAUCUUUACGAGGAGGCGGUUUGGUUCUUCCAUCAUGCUCACAAGAUGGGAGUGGAAUUGACGCAGUUCACACUUUCUGCUGCUCUCAGUGCAUGUGCUAGCAUAGCAGCAAGCACAGAAGGAAAGCAGCUGCAUUCAGUGGCGAUAAGAGCUGGUUUCGCUGCCAACCUAUUUGUAGCUACCUCGCUGAUCGAUGUCUACUCAAAGUGCGGAUGCAUAAGGGAAGCUUACUUGGUCUUCUGUAACGUGGAAGACGAGAACAUCGUCUUAUGGAAUGCGAUGAUCACAGGCUUCUCCAAACACGCUCGACUACACGAAGCCAUGAUGCUGUUUGAGAAAAUGCGGCAGAGAGGGCUACAGCCCAAUGAGGUCAGCUACGUAUCUGUGCUGUCCGCAUGCAGUCAUGUGGGUUUGGUCGAAGAGGGUCGUGGAUAUUUUGACCUGCUGUCGAGAGAUGCUGCCGUUCGACCAAAUGUCCUUCACUAUUCUUGCAUGGUCGAUGUUCUUGGCCGGGCUGGGAGGAUCGAUGAAGCUUGGGAAUUGAUCAGGAGUAUGCCAUUCAGGGCCAGUGCCUCCAUGUGGGGAUCUAUGCUUAAUUCCUGCCGUGUCCAUGGCAAUGUCGAACUGGCGAAAAUUGCAGCUCAGCAUCUGUUUGAGCUCGAACCUGAGAACGCAGGAAACCAUGUUUUGCUGUCGAACAUAUAUGCUGCAAGCAAACAAUGGGGAGAGGUUGCUGUGGCUCGGAAGUUUUUGAAGGAUAGUGGCGCAAGAAAGGAGAUAGGAAAGAGUUGGAUUGAUGUGAGAGGAAAAGUUCACAGCUUUGUUGUCGGAGAGAACAAGCAUCCAAGAAUCAGUGAGAUUUAUGCUAAGUUGGAGGAUCUUAGGAGGGAGAUGAACAGGUUAGCUUACAAGGUUGAGGUACAUUACGACCUUCAUGAUGUAGGGGAAGGGCAAAAGGAGGAGCUACUAAGACACCACAGUGAGAGAUUGGCACUUGCUUUUGGUCUUAUUGAGUUGCCCAGCGGGACACCGAUCAGGAUAUUUAAGAACCUAAGAGUGUGUGGGGACUGCCAUUCGUUUAUGAAAACGGCUUCGAUGAUCACUGACAGGGAAAUCAUUGCUAGAGAUACAAAUCGAUUUCACCACUUUAGCAGAGGACAUUGCUCCUGUGGGGAUUUCUGGUAACAAAAUGGUUCGAUUUCAUGGUUUAUGGUUUGUUGAUCAGUUCAUCAAAGGUCCUAAUUUUGGACUUCAAAUGAUGAGUUGCAUGCAUAUUGGGAAUGGUCCGUUUAUGCAGCUCUAGAAAGUGGAACAGUAGGUCCAAUCAUCUCUCGGUCGGUGACAUCUUCACCUCCUUGACGCUCUUGCCGUACGAGGAGUAUGCCGCCUGCCGCUUCGCUACCUCAAACUGCGACAUCCCGUCUGCAAAGGCGAAGGAUCGCGGUGGUAGAAGAGUCACAUU